ACGUCCCGGAUGGGUGCGAGAGAGACAGCCAGCUCGGCAUGCAGUCUGCGCAGCAUGCCGUCAGCAGAUGAGGCUCAUCGACUGGCCGCGCAGGCAGGGCCGCCAAAACAGGCUGGCCAGAGCAAAGCAGCAGAGCAGGCAGGCUGCCAGAGUCGAUCAGGAUCACCUGUUGACGCGAUAAUCGAGCCCGGGCCCCGCACCCUGCCUGGCUCCAAAUCAAAUCCCAGCCCCCACGCCACCCGUCCAUGCCCCGGCAAUCCAAGCCGCGGCCUGCCAUGGCAGAACCGCGAACCACCUCGUUGAGGUUUCCUUCCUGUUAUUUCUCUCGGCGUAGCUUUGACCUCGAAGCGGCCUGGGGCAGACAGAGCGGCGAGAUGUCUGACGGCUCCAACCCCAACAAAGCGCAGAGCGGCACCAGCGGCACCCCGACCCAGGCUUAGAGCGGCAACGGCAGCCCAUGGCCAACGUCAAAGGAGGCAUUUUUAAGGCCUGCGCCGCGCCGCCACGCGCUUGCAGCGUUUGAAGGAGGCGGCGCGCGAUCACGCUCAAACGCUCCGCUUCUCGCUUCGCCGUGCUUCGCAGUGCUUGGCAGGUUGGCACUGCAGCCAGCGAAUGGGAUACAGCUCCCCGGCAGCCCUGAGGGAAGGCCAGGAGGGCCGCGGAAUGCGUUGCCCGUUGCCCUUGCCCCGCAGCGGAGCGCCGCGCUGGCUUCAUGAUCUGCACGGUCAUCUCCAUCCAGUACGUCAAGCUGGUGGUGUUGCUGGGACUCGCCCUGCCCGUCAGCGAGGUUCUAGUCUCGGACAUCUUCCCGCAAUCUUUCGAACAAACGUUCUACCUGUACCUGUACUUGGUGAGCCUGCUCUUCAUGCUGUACGUGUACAUCGCCUCGGCGUGGCGACACAGAAGAAAAGUAACGGUCAAGCGUUAUCGAGGCCAACGCGGAAUUCGAUACCGACUCAAGGUCCUCCGACAGACCCGAGCGGUGGAGACUGUGCGCUAUGGAAGCGUGUACCUUAGACUAGCAAUGAACGCGUUUGGUAUUGGUAGUAUGAUUUACUGCUGUCUGGAAGUCGCCCAUGGGCUUGUGAAGUACCAAAACUACCAUUGUGAGCAAGCAGAGCAGCAAGUGAAAAUACUCCUCCCAGCAUGUCGAGCAAUUUUGACACUAGCACAGAUGCACUUCAUGCUUUUCAACAAUAAGGCCUCCGAAAUCAGCCGACAUCGCUGCAUCUCUCGCAUUGGCCUGGCGCACAUGAUUGCCACCAACAUUUGCGAGUGGCUCAGUGUGGUUGUGGAAGAAACCCGGCACGAAAUCGCAGAGCUCGGCACGGGCGGCCAUGCUCUUGCCGACCGGGACGAACUGGACAGCUUGACCGGCAACUUCUCCAGCUUCGACUUUAACUCCACUCGGUCCACACCGCACCCGUGCGAGCCAGCCUCCGACUCGCCCGAGAAGGACGUCAUCGGCAACCUGCUGCAGAGCUCGGGGCCCUUCCUGUUCCCGUGCACCAUCGAGUACUCCCUGAUCUGCGCUGUCAUCCUCUUCGAAAUAUGGAAACAUGCAGGGAAGGCCGAGGACGAGGGAAGCGCCAGCAGGAUGGGCAGCCGCCUGGACCUCAGCAACGGCAGCCGCAGCUCUCGCGUCGUGGACCAGGACCAGGCCUUGGACCCGGACACCGACGACGACAUGGACUCGGCCGAAAAGAAGCGUCCCCAAGCGCAGUCCACGGUUUCGGGCGGGGGCACGGGGACGGGGUCGGUGCCCUGGCGGACAGCUCUGCACCUGUCACUCGACCUGACGCACUCGCAGCGCGGCAUGUUCCUGGGCAUCGUGCUGCAGGUGGCCACCAUCAUGUCCUUGGUGCUCUUCUUCGCGUUGGGCGAGGCCGACGGCUACCAGCGCGCCGCGCACACCCUCGUGUGCUACGUCGAGGGCAGCCUGCACGUGUUCGUCAUCCUGGGCGUGGUCUUUGCCACCAUCAGCAUGCGCCGCCUGGGCGUGGACCGCGUGCCCUACCACCCCCUGCCCAUGGACAUGUUCCUGCUGUUCGUGGCCCAGACGGGAGCGUACCUCUACUCCAUCUUCUCCAUCGUGGGGGCCUCCCUGAUGGUGCUGCAGGACGAGGAGCCCACGCGCGCCAGGGGCGCCCUCAGGGUGCUUGUCGUCGAGGUGCUGUCCGUGGUGCACGCGGGCGUGCAGACGCACUUCCUGCUGCGCGCGUGGCACAUGCGCUGCGUGGGCGAGCGCCAGUGGAGCAGCAAGCCGGGCCGCGAGUACAUCACGUUCCUGAUCCACGGCAGCCUGUGCUCGUGGCUCGUCGCCACCUUCUGCAAGAGCCGCGCGCAGUUCCGGCCGCUGCACCUCACCCUGUUCGGAGUGUGGCCCUGGACCGUCAUCACCCACGUGUCCAUCCCCCUCACCAUCUUCCUGCACUUCCACUCGUCCAUCUGCCUGUUCGAGGUCUGGAAGAACGUCUACAAGUUCCGCCCGGACUAGGCCCAGCGCGCACUUCCGGUGUCUUUAAAUAUUUAUUGCUGUUUCCCCACUAUUCAUCCCAGUAUUUCUCAUCACUCGCCAAUCUUUGUCUAUUUUCAUUUUAUGUUCCUCCAGCAUUCUUUUAUAUGUCGGGAUUUGUAUUUAUGGAUUAUCUUGCCCAGUCUACAGAUAGGGGUUGGGUUUUGCUGGUAAUUUUCUACAUGGUUCAGAACGUGGUUUGUGAGAGUGUAAAUAAAGCACAGACUUCAAUUAUUAAGAUUA